AUGGCAGCCUUUUACAACGGGCCUCCCAAUGGAGUGCCUUAUUUUCCGCAGAUUCCAUCGCCAAUAGUUCGCCCUCCCAUCUCGGCGAUUCCCUUUGGGCUGCAGGCCCUCUACGAUCGGUGUGCCUUUGUGUACCCCAACCAACCUAAUCCACUGCAAGUGACAGCCGUCGUUAAAUACUGGCUCGGAGGACCUGAUCCUCUAGAUUACAUUUCAAUGUACCUAAAUGAAGGAGAUCCAGAAAACGGCAUUGCUCCUCACUGGCACUACGUCAGCUUUGGACUGAGCGACCUGCAUGGCGACGGCCGCGUUCACCCAAUCACAGAUGCCACUAACCCAAGUGGCUUUGGUUUUGAGUUGACAUUUCGCCUUAAAAAAGAAGAAAGUGAACAAAAUCCGCCCACAUGGCCAGCUGCUGUAAUGCAAGCAUUGGCAAAAUAUGUCUUCCAAACUGGAAACAUACUCUGCUCAGGUGACCAUGUUUCAUGGCACUGCCCACUGGACAAUAGCGAAUCUCGCAUUCAACACAUGCUCAUGACAGAAGAUCCUCAGCUGGGAACUACCCCGACACCUUUCGGACCAGUCACAUUCAUUCAGAUUGUGGGCGUGUGUCUCGAAGAACUGCAAAGCGCUCAGCAGUGGAACGGACUAGGCGUAAUUGACCUGAUCAAAUCAGUGCCGACCGCAGGCGGCCCCUGGCUGAUCACUGAUAUGCGUCGCGGUGAAACCAUCUUUGAGAUUGAUCCCGAAAUGAAGGAGGCAGUCGAUGAUGGCAUUGCCACAGAAGGGUCCAACUUGAGCGGAGUCAGUGCUCGAUGUUCGUACUCAAAGUAUGAAGCCUCUACCAGUAGCGACCAAGAGGAAGACGAAGAAGUGGAGCAGAAAGAGUCAAAGGCAAAGAAGGAGAAGUGUCCCUCUUCUAGUCGUCAGCAGUAG